UAGAAAAAAGGUAAACUCUCCUUCCCAAAUGUAUAAACAUAACUUAUGUUUCAAAUUAACUAACAAAGUUGAAAAAAAAUGACACUUUCUUUGCCUUUCGGCCUGUCGCUGCAACAUUCGUUGCUGUCAAUCAAAGAGUCUCCCAAACAGACCACCAUCCAACCAGGGUGCUUCUCACUUUUGACCGGCCGACCGAGCAGCCAAUCGCUGGCGGCCAUGCCUGGCUCCCAACCCGGGCUGCCCGCCAUGGGAGGCGGCAUGACCUUAUACGGCACUCCCGCCCUUAUAUGGAGCCCGCCCGCGGCCAGGGGGCGGAGUGAGAGGGAAGGGGGGCGGAAGGUUAACAGCCUACCGGUGACACUUUGCCCCAAAUGUGCAGCUUGGCUGGGACAGAGGUGACCCGUGUUGUCCGAUCCCCACCACCACCACCACCAUCAUCACCAUCAUCAUCCCGCAUAGCUCCGUGGACGUGAUAGUGCGUGUUCGUGUAUCUUUCUCAUGAAGGCAACGCGCGCCACAUUCGCGUCUUGAUCCCAAAAAGGACCGGACUCCGGGGGCUCACCUCCGCCUUCCUCCGCUCCAAAGAAGACCUAUAUGGGACUACUUCAGAAGGAGAAGUGUAAGCGUGCGGCUUUCGGACUAUUUUUGUGUAUAAUUAUUAAUAUUUAACUUCUAAGCGCCUCCACGCUGACCCGAGUUCCCUUCCUUGGACUCCCUUUCCGUUUCCCGGGACGCUGGUUCCAGGAGGAGGACGUGUUUAUGGAUCUAUGUGCGGUCGCCAGCACCGGGACUCUCAUCGGUCAUGAUCCCCCGCUGCUGCUGGUCUGAACUUUGAUUCACACAAGAAGAGAGUUUUUUUUAAUUUAAAUAUCACACAAGCUGACUUUUGCGAGGACGUUCUCGUUCCCGUGUUUUCGCACUUUCCACUCUGAAAGCCAAAGUCCAAAGUGUUUGUGGAUAGCAUGGCAAUGGUAGUAAACCAGUGGCCAGAGAGCAUUUCCGCAGACCCGGGCUCGCAGCUCCAGAUUUGCGGCCAGGAUCCCGGAGGCGCGCCGGGGACUCCCAACGGCUCGACGCCGGGCAACGACGCUCUCUCCGGGGACAAGCUGCCCAACGUGGACUGCAUGGUGUGCGGGGACAAGUCCAGCGGGAAGCACUACGGUCAGUUCACCUGCGAGGGAUGCAAGAGCUUCUUCAAGCGCUCCGUGAGGCGGAACCUCAGCUACACCUGCCGGGGGAACCGGGACUGCCCCAUCGACCAGCACCACCGGAACCAGUGUCAGUACUGCCGCCUGAAGAAGUGCCUCAAAGUCGGCAUGAGGAGAGAAGGUAAGGCCGCGCCGUCCGUCCAACGAGGACGCACGUCCAACUCCCAGAGCAGCCCAGGUCAGUACCUGAGCAACGGCGGCGACCCGUACAACAGCCAGCCAUACCUGUCCGGAUUCAUCUCUCUGCUGCUACGCGCCGAGCCGUACCCCACGUCGCGGUACGGCGCCCAGUGCAUGCAGGGAAACAAUCUGAUGGGCAUCGAGAACAUCUGCGAGCUGGCCGCCAGGCUGCUCUUCAGCGCCGUGGAGUGGGCCAAGAACAUCCCGUUCUUCCCCGACCUGCAGCUCAUGGAUCAGGUGGCGCUGCUGCGCAUGUCGUGGAGCGAGCUCUUCGUCCUCAACGCCGCACAGUGCUCCAUGCCGCUGCAUGUGGCGCCCCUGCUGGCGGCGGCGGGCCUGCACGCCUCACCCAUGUCGGCGGAGCGCGUGGUGGCCUUCAUGGACCACAUCCGCGUCUUCCAGGAGCAGGUGGAGAAGCUGAAGGCCCUGCAGGUGGACACGGCCGAGUACUCCUGCCUCAAAUCCAUCGUGCUCUUUACGUCCGACGCCAUGGGGCUGUCAGACGUGGCCCACGUGGAGAGCAUCCAGGAGAAGUCCCAGUGCGCCCUGGAGGAGUACGUUCGCAACCAGUACCCCAGCCAGCCCAACCGCUUCGGGCGUCUCCUGCUCCGCCUGCCGUCGCUGCGAAUCGUGUCGUCGCCAGUCAUCGAGCAGCUCUUCUUCGUGCGCCUGGUGGGCAAAACGCCCAUCGAGACGCUGCUGCGAGACAUGCUGCUCUCGGGCUCCAGCUACAACUGGCCCUACAUGCCCGCCGUGCAGCGCGAGCGGCCCAUAUCGCUGCACUACAACGAAAACGGGCCCUGAGAGGCCGCCCUCACCUUCUCCCGUCCCCCCUCACCAUUCCACUCCGACCCCCCCAAUGAUGUCACAAGAUGGCGGUGGUAGAAGUUCACCAGCAGGUCUGGACUGUCAGGCAAAACUUUGUCGUCGUUCUCGGUGCUGCGCCUCCACCCACCAGUUUGAUAAAUAAUACAGAACAAGGGCUCUUUGGACUCAUUGGCCCUAAACUCCCACCCGCCCCCAACGCCCCCAAUGCCCCCUUUUGAAAACCACAAGCCAUUAAAAAAAACUCACCAAAACGUCUUUUUGGACCUUUUGCAGAGGACUUUGUAGUUGAAUUGCGUGUUUAUACGGAGACAUGAUUGACAGUAUACGUAUCAUUCAUCAUCUAUUGCUUGAUUGACAGUGGGCGGGGACAGCUCAGGUGGACUCCACGGGCCUGACGAUAUCAAAUUUAUGGUGCCAAAGCCAAAUUUAAGAGUCUUUUUGGUAGUCGUUUUAAAGUCGGGUGGUUUGGGGCUCAAAUGUGGAGCUCAUGAUGUCUUGGAGUUUUUGCUUGUGUGGGUUCACUUUCCGAAAACGAAACAAAAACCGUGCACGUUCAAUUUAUUGGAGAAUCUAAAUUGUCCCUAUGUGGGAAUUCAAUUCAAUUCAAUUCAAUUCAAUUCAAUUCAAUUCAAUACAUACGUUUCAACAGCUCAUUCCUUCUAUCUGGUCAAGUACUUUAGAGUAGUCAGUGCACAGCUUCUAUUGCAGUAUAGAUUCACUAUCCACCGAAAAGGAGUCGUCAUUAUUAAGGGAAACUGGGCCGUGUUGCAGUUUUCCAACAUAAUAAGAAGCCCAAACACAGGAAGACACCUUCCGUCAGUGAACCGCAGCUCUACCAGUGUCGGCGGCACUCGUGCAUACUAACACCAAAUUCCCUUUCGACUCACUUUUAUGGGAAAUCAUGCUUCCAUUUAAUAAACCAUAGCUCCCCCAGUGCUAGCAGCACUCAUGCAGCCCAAGACUGUAAUAAAGACACCAUUAUGUUGCUAAAAGACAAGAAAAAGUCGCUACUUUUAUUAUCCUUGAACAUUUAUUUUUGGAACAAAAUGUGCUUGAUUUGCACGAAGACAUAUGCAUAUGAUUUUGCAGCAUAACAGGGAGGGGGUCAUGCUGCGCUUCACAAUGUGUGGCAAUGUAACCUUGGCAAUGAACCGCAGCUCUACCAGUGUCAGCGGCACUCGUGCAUACUAACACCAAAUUCCCUUUCGACUCACUUUUAUGGGAAAUCAUGCUUCCGUUUAAUAAACCAUAGCCCCCCAAGUGCUAGCAGCACUCAUGCAGCCCAAAAUUGUAAUAAAGACACAAUUAUCUUGCUAAAAAACAAGAAAAAGUCGCUACUUUUAUUAUCCUUGAACAUUUAUUUUUGGAACAAAAUGUGCAUGAUAUGCUGCAUAUGGUUUAGCGCCAUCACAAUGUCGCAGUCCCUUUUGGAAUGUAACCUUCCCGUCAAUGAACCGCAGCUCUACCAGUGUCGGCGGCACUCGUGCAUACUAACACCAAAUUCCCUUUCGACUCACUUUUAUGGGAAAUCAUGCUUCCGUUUAAUAAACCAUAGCUCCCCCAGUGCUAGCAGCACUCAUGCAGCCCAAAACUGUAAUAAAGACACAAUUAUCUUGCUAAAAGACAAGAAAAAGUCGCUACUUUUAUUAUCCUUGAACAUUUAUUUUUGGAACAAAAUGUGCUUGAUUUGCAUGAAGACAGUGCAUGAUAUGCUGCAUAUGGUUUAGCGCCAUCACAAUGUCGCAGUCCCUUUUGGAAUGCAUCUUUCCCCCUCAAUGAACCACAGCUCUACCAGUGUCGGCGGCACUCGUGCAUACUAACAUCAAAUUCCCUUCCGACUCACUUUUAUGGGAAAUCAUGCUUCCAUUUAAUAAACCAUAGCUCCCCAAGUGCUAGCAGCACUCAUGCAGCCCAAGACUGUAAUAAAGACACAAUUAUCUUGCUAAAAGACAAGAAAAAGUCGCUACUUUUAUUAUCCUUGAACAUUUAUUUUUGGAACAAAAUGUGCAUGAUAUGCUGCAUAUGGUUUAGCGCCAUCACAAUGUCGCAGUCCCUUUUGGAAUGUAACCUUCCCGUCAAUGAACCGCAGCUCUACCAGUGUCGGCGGCACUCGUGCAUACUAACACCAAAUUCCCUUUCGACUCACUUUUAUGGGAAAUCAUGCUUCCGUUUAAUAAACCAUAGCUCCCCCAGUGCUAGCAGCACUCAUGCAGCCCAAGACUGUAAUAAAGACACAAUUAUCUUGCUAAAAGACAAGAAAAAGUCGCUACUUUUAUUAUCCUUGAACAUUUAUUUUUGGAACAAAAUGUGCAUGAUAUGCUGCAUAUGGUUUAGCGCCAUCACAAUGUCGCAGUCCCUUUUGGAAUGUAACCUUCCCGUCAAUGAACCGCAGCUCUACCAGUGUCGGCGGCACUCGUUCAUACUAACACCAAAUUCCCUUUCGACUCACUUUUAUGGGAAAUCAUGCUUCCAUUUAAUAAACCAUAGCUCCCCAAGUGCUAGCAGCACUCAUGCAGCCCAAGACUGUAAUAAAGACACCAUUAUGUUGCUAAAAGACAAGAAAAAGUCGCUACUUUUAUUAUCCUUGAACAUUUAUUUUUGGAACAAAAUGUGCUUGAUUUGCACGAAGACAUAUGCAUAUGAUUUUGCAGCAUAACAGGGAGGGGAUCAUGCUGCGCUUCACAAUGUGUGGCAAUGUAACCUUGGCAAUGAACCGCAGCUCUACCAGUGUCGGCGGCACUCGUGCAUACUAACACCAAAUUCCCUUUCGACUCACUUUUAUGGGAAAUCAUGCUUCCGUUUAAUAAACCAUAGCUCCCCCAGUGCUAGCAGCACUCAUGCAGCCCAAGACUGUAAUAAAGACACAAUUAUCUUGCUAAAAGACAAGAAAAAGUCGCUACUUUUAUUAUCCUUGAACAUUUAUUUUUGGAACAAAAUGUGCUUGAUGUGCAGGAAGACAGUGCAUGAUAUGCUGCAUAUGGUUUAGCGCCAUCACAAUGUCGCAGUCCCUUUUGGAAUGCAUCUUUCCCCUCAAUGACCCACAGCUCUACCAGUGUCGGCGGCACUCAUGCAUACUAACACCAAAUUUCUUGUCGAUAAAAGGGUCAAUUCACUUUCGACUCACUUUUAUGGGAAAUCAUGCUUCCAUUUAUUAAACCAUACCUCCCCAAGUGCUAGCAGCACCCGUGCAUCUUUCCCCUCAAUGAACCACAGCUCUACAAGUGUCCACGUCACUCAUACACACUACCACCACCACCAUUCUUGUCUGUAAAAGAUACAAUUUUCGUCACUUUUGUUGUUUCCCCUCGGUUAACCACAUCUCCCCAGUGCAGGUAGCACUCGUGCAGCUCCAGAGGCUGCUAAGACUCAGUUAGUGCUGCCAAAAGACAAGAAACGUGUGCCUCAGUAAAGAAACAUGCUCUGCUUCACUAUAUCACGGUAGAUAACCGCAGCUCACCAGUGUCGGCGGCACUCAUGCAUACUACCACCACCACCAUUCUUGUCUGUAAAAGAUACAAUUUUCUUACUCGUCACUUUUGUUGUUUCCCCUCGGUUAACCGCAUCUCCCCAGUGCAGGUAGCACUCGUGCAGCUCCAGAGGCUGCUAAGACUCAGUUAGUGCUGCCAAAAGACAAUAAACGUGUGCCUCAGUAAAGAAACAUGCUCUGCUUCACUAUAUCACGGUAGAUAACCGCAGCUCACCAGUGUCGGCGGCACUCAUGCAUACUACCACCACCACCAUUCUUGUCUGUAAAAGAUACAAUUUUCUUACUCGUCACUUUUGUUGUUUCCCCUCGGUUAACCGCAUCUCCCCAGUGCAGGUAGCACUCGUGCAGCUCCAGAGGCUGCUAAGACUCAGUUAGUGCUGCCAAAAGACAAGAAACGUGUGCCUCAGUAAAGAAACAUGCUCUGCUUCACUAUAUCACGGUAGAUAACCGCAGCUCGCCAGUGUCGGCGGCACUCAUGCAUACUACCACCCCCACCAUUCUUGUCUGUAAAAGAUACAAUUUUCUUACUCGUCACUUUUGUUGUUUCCCCUCGGUUAACCGCAUCUCCCCAGUGCAGGUAGCACUCGUGCAGCUCCAGAGGCUGCUAAGACUCAGUUAGUGCUGCCAAAAGACAAGAAAUGAAAGAACAAACCGUGUGCUGCAUGUAAAGAAACAUGCUCUGCUUCACUAUAUCACGGUAGAUAACCGCAGCUCGCCAGUGUCGGCAGCACUCGUGCACGCUACCACUGCCAUGCAAGGCACAAUUGCUUGCUACUCACUUGUGUUGAGCCCUUAUGUAGACAUAACGGCUGUGUGUUAAUAUAGUAAUAUAGUAUGCUGCUAUACAGGAUGCACACUGACUACUCUAAAGUGUAUUGCGUUGUAUUGCGCAAGAUGCAAUGUCAAAAAGAGCUUGUUGAACCCGGGUAAGGGAUGUACACUUAAGUGAGAAACUGCUGUGAUGGACUGGCAACCAGUCCAAAGGCAGCUGGGGUAGGCUCCAGCCCAACAUGAAUGAAUGAAUGAAUGAAUGAGUGAAUGAAUUGUUUGUUUGUGGAAGUCAAAGCUGAGGCACUUGCAUGGUGAAGAACACUUAGUCAUUCUUGGUCUUCAUGGGAACUUCUCACGCUCACUUUUUUCUACGUAUGAUUGUCACAGCGGACCUUUUUCAAACUUUUGUUGUUGUUUUUUUUUUCUCGGGUGGUGGGCGGGGCGGGGCGGGCAUGGGAGGGGCGUUUAGCUGUACUUGCCUUAGAACAAAGACUUUGAACAUUUAUCUUAUGACUGUGCCAUAAUCUCUCGUCGCCUGUUAUAACAGGUAUUAUGUCCUGUCCCGCAAAGAGGAGGACAGCGUGGACCUCCUUGCAGGUUCUUUUUGUCACCAAGAGGAAUAAAAAUGCGUGUUUGGAGACGAUAGCGUAGAGAAAUGUAUCACUAACCUCUGAAAACCUCAAGUCUUUGUUACAUUAUUAUUAUUAUUAUUAUUAUUAUUAUUAUCCCACUUGGACUUAAUGACUGUGACGUAGCGUAGGACUAUAAUUUACGUUGUCCCCUCUUCUUCCCUCGUGGUGGAAGGACGUUUGUCUCCCAUUUCCAACAUGGCACUGUGUCCUUGCUAUUGGAGAAGCCAUUGUGGAACCAUGACAGAAAUGUUCCCAUGAGUUUGUUUUGACAACCUUAGUUUGGAAGUAUGGACGACAGCGAUUAUUGAAAUAAAAUGUUGUUCACACUGA